AUAAACACAAUAAGCCUCGCACGAACUCUGUUUUGAUUGCUAAUGCUAAGGUGACUCGUGAACGUGAAAGAAGCGUGAAGUACCGCUAGUUGUGGUUAGGUUAACAAUAAGUUUAAUCAGCUGAUCGAUAAUUGAGCGAGGAAAUAAUUCAUGAUUGACUUUCUAACCAUGCUUAAAACGAAUAAAAAAUAAGAACUAUCAUGCUGAAUGCGCAUGAUACAACCCUGAGAUAUAUAUUAGCGAUAAAGUCACAAGUCAUUUGCCGAUCUUUCAUUUCGCAGUGAAGAGCCUAUUAAUCGCGAUUUGCAGCCAGUAACAUGAAUAGUGUACUCUUUCCAACUCUGAGCUUAUUAUUCUUCGUAUUAUCGUACGAAAGUACAUAUGGAUUCUUGAACGUAUAUCCACAACUCAAGAAGUAUCGUCUCGCUGAUGGAGAAGAUCCUGGUACGCCGCUUUUUCUGACACCUUUGAUAGAAAAUGGAAAAAUCGAAGAAGCACGAGCGAAGGCUACCGUCCAACACAAGGAUAUGGGCGAUGUUAGCAGUUAUUCGGGUUAUUUCACAGUUAAUAAACAGUACAAUUCCAAUCUUUUCUUCUGGUUCUUCCCAGCUAUGCAUAAUCCAAAGACUGCGCCAAUAAUUUUAUGGCUACAAGGUGGACCAGGUGCAACUUCAAUGUUUGGUCUCUUUUUGGAAAACGGCCCAUUCAUUGUAAACGCUAAUAAAACGUUAGAGAUGCGAAAAUAUUCAUGGAAUUUGGAACACAAUGUUAUAUACAUUGAUAAUCCAGUUGGUACUGGCUAUAGUUUUACUGAUGAUGAAAAGGGUUAUGCCACAAAUGAAGUGCAAGUAGGAAGAAAUCUUAAUUCUGCUUUGGUACAAUUUUUCCUACUAUUCCCAGAAUUACAAAAUAAUGAUUUCUUUGUCACUGGUGAGUCAUAUGCUGGGAAGUAUGUGCCAGCAGUGUCUUAUGCCAUUAAAAAUUAUAACAUCAAAGCGAAAACAAAAAUUAACUUAAAAGGUUUAGCUAUUGGCAAUGGAUUAUGUGAUCCAGAAAACCAAUUGCUAUAUAGUGAUUAUUUGUACCAACUCGGGCUAAUAGAUCAAAAUGGAAAGGCUGAAUUCCAAAAAUACGAACAAAAAGGCCGCGAGUUUAUUAAACAGGAAGAGUUUACCAAAGCAGAAGAGAUUUUUGAAGUACUCCUUAAUAAUGAUUUAAAUGCCACUCCAUCUUUGUUUCAAAAUUUAACUGGUUUUGAUUAUUAUUUCAAUUAUUUAAAAGUAAACGACAAUAGUAAUGAUUCUAAUUGGAUGUCUGAGUGGAUUCAAAGAGUCGAUGUAAGAUCUGCUAUACAUGUGGGUAAUAAUAGUUUCAACAUUGAAACCAGCAUUGUUGAAAAACAUCUAAAAGAGGACAUCAUGCAAUCUAUAGUAGUCCUUUUAGAAAAUCUUCUGAAAAACUAUAGAAUACUCAUCUACAAUGGACAAUUGGAUAUCAUUGUGGCAUAUCCACUCACGGAGAAUUAUAUACAGAAAAUGAAAUGGUCAGGAGCAAACAAAUUUGCGAAAAUGCCGAGAAAGUUAUGGAAAGUUGGAAACGAAUUAGCAGGCUAUGCAAAAACUGUUGACAAUUUAACAGAGGUUCUUGUACGAAGUGCAGGCCAUAUGGUUCCUUCCGAUCAGCCAAAAUGGGCAUUAGAUUUAAUUACCCGUUUCACGCACAAUAAAAAAUUUUAAAUAACUCAUUGUUAUUACCAUAGGAUGUGAUAUAAUAAAAAGUGAGAUUUCAGUAAUGUAUAUAUACAUAUAUGAACAUACAUUUAGUAUAUACAAAUAUCUUGAUAAUAUUUAAAAUACUCUA